UGUCAGUCAGUGUUCGAUCUCCAGUGGGAGAACAAGUGUUCUGAACCUGAGAUCCUCUAUUAAUCAAUAGAAACUUCACUUAGCAGCAAUUAUUGUAAAUUUGAGGUGACAAGAAGUUCCCAUCCUUGGUCAACAUGGCGAAGGACCCCAAGAAUGAUGACACAACUGCGAAUGACAAUUCGACUGCGGACACCGUUGAGGCAAAUGAUGAGGAGGGACAAGUGAAGAAAUACAAAUAUCCCAAACAAAUUGGGUUCAUCAUCCUCAACGAGCUGUGCGAGAGAUUCAAUUACUAUGGCAUGAGAACCGUCUUAGUGCUUUAUCUCACCAGACAGCUAUUCUUCGAUCAGGACACUGCCACUGUUAUUUACCACUCUUUCACCAGUGCCGUGUACUUUCUCACGGUUGUUGGAGCUAUCAUCGCGGAUUCAUGGCUAGGGAAAUACCGCACGAUCCUCUACUUAUCAAUCGUCUAUGUCACCGGAUCAAUUCUAAUGUCUGUGGGUGCAAUUCCCACGCUCAAUCUGAACGCAACGGCCAUCACGAUCGUCGGUUUGUUCCUGAUUGCAUUCGGAUCUGGAGGUAUAAAGCCUUGCGUCACAGCCCUUGGCGCUGAUCAGUUCAAAUUGCCCGAACAGCUCAAGGCAAUGGCAACGUACUUCUCCCUGUUCUACUUCUCCAUCAACACCGGAUCGAUGAUUUCUACCCUGGUCACGCCGAUUCUCCGACAGGAUGUGCAAUGCUUUGAGCAGGACACUUGCUUCUCCCUGGCCUUUGGCGUUCCCGCAAUCCUCAUGUUCACAUCCAUUCUUAUCUUCGUUGCCGGCAAAUUCUUGUACGUCCUCAAACCACCGGCGGGCAAUAUGCUUGUGCGCGUGUCAUCGUGCAUUGGCAAUGCCAUUUCCACGCGACGCAAGGAGAGGAAGACAAAUCCGCGUGAACACUGGCUGGAUUAUGCUGAGGAGAAGCACGGAAAGCAGCUCGUGUCGGAAAUCAAGACACUCUUCAAUGUCCUGGUUCUGUACAUUCCUCUUCCUGUCUUCUGGGCGUUGUUCGAUCAACAAGGAUCGCGCUGGACCUUCCAAGCCACUCGCAUGGAUGGCCAAGUGGGUGCUCUGAAUUUGAAGCCCGACCAAAUGCAAGUGAUCAAUCCGGCGCUCAUCUUAAUCUUCAUUCCUCUCUAUGACAUCGUAUUCUAUCCCCUUCUGGCCAAGAUUGGCAUCAGGAGGCCUCUGCAGAAGCUCACAUUGGGCGGAUGUCUGGCUGGCGUGGCUUUCAUUAUUUCUGCCAUUCUGGAGAUUCAGCUGUCGAAGACAUAUCCCAUCAUUGCCGAGGCGGGAGAAUCACAGCUGAGAAUCUUCAACGGAAUGCCGUGCACCUACAAUGUUCAAACCAAUAUUCCCGAUCACGCGAAUAUCGUUAUCAAUUCAAUGGAAGCUUUCACUGAGCGACACAUCGCGGUGGAGAAUACGAGAUCGUUCACAUACACCAUGUCGUCCACCAAUGCCGCUUGCAGUGAUUUGUCCUUCACUGGUUCAUUCCAAUUGGCUUCGGGCACGGCGAAGAGCUACUUCUUGAGACGUGAGGGCAUUUUGGAGUACACUGACGAUCCAGAGAAAGCCUCCAAUGGGUAUCCAAUUGUGCGGGUGCUGGCGAAUACGGAAGGUGUGCAUUCCAUAUCUUUCCGAGACAUUCACGACGAAUUCAACGUGAGAUAUGAGAAUGUUACUAGUCAACAUGGUAGAAAUGAGAUUUGGCCAUCGACCUACGAUAUUUACGUCAAUAAUAACCGCGUAGUGGAAUAUGAGUUGCGACUCGGCGGAGUUUAUACACUGAUCCUCAGGGAGGCACAGACCAAUUCAUUUACGACGACGCUUCUGGAAGUCUCAGAACCAAAUUCCAUGAACAUGCUCUGGAUUGCUCCGCAAUACAUUGUCCUCACGCUGGGCGAGGUGAUGUACUCAGUGACUGGCCUGGAGUUCUCCUAUUCUCAGAGUCCCGAGAGCAUGAAAUCCGUGAUCCAAUCAGCCUGGCAAUUGACUGUUGGCGUGGGAAAUGUCAUCGUGACCAUCAUUGCCAGCGCCAGGAUCUUCAAUUCUCAGACUGCUGAGUUCUUCCUCUUUGCCGGACUGAUGUUUGUCGACAUGGGCAUCUUUGCAAUCCUCGCGUAUCGCUACAAAUACGUGGGCGGUGUUGGCGAUGAUAAGGACACGAAGAAAGAUGACGCCAACGAGACAAGCAAUGAAAAAUCCGUCACACUCUCGAGUACCAAUUUGAAAGAAGACUAAAUACUUAUGUGUACAAUCUAUUAAAAGGUCUUAAUAGAAAUAGAGAAGGAUGAAAUUCUUAAAAUUCUCCAAAUAAUAGAUUGAAUAAAUGAAUUGGAAAGCUGUUAUAUUCAAAAUGUUCAUUAAUUUAUAUAAAGAAAAUAUUCUUGGCCA